AUUAUUUUCACCUCCUGCGUCAAAAAUGACUGUUGUCAGCUGGCAGAUUCAAAUAAUGUCGAUAAGAACCAAAUCAGAGCGGAAAUAAAUGUAUAAUUGGCAAACUACACGAAUUUGAUUAAACGAAUUUUCCUUCUGGUAAAAAUGUCUGCGAAUGCAAAUCUUCUUCAGUUUGAAGAUGCCUUUGUUACCGAUAUAAAUCAGCAAAUGAAAGUACCGGAUAAAAUAAGCUUCAAUCAAGAGUCCAACGGUAUUCCCAGGGCAGAAUGGAUGAAAGAAAGUAUAAAUAUGCAAGUGCCAGAAAGAAUUCUUGUUGCCGGUCAUCAUCAACAUGUUGGUACUAGAGCUCCUCCGAGGGAAAUAGCUUUUGACAAAAGUAUUAUAGUAACAGAGCCUUAUCCUGGAGAUGUUCGUGUGGCCACUCCUCCUCGAACUUUAACCCUAGAUAAAUAUCCAUUUCCCGAAUUCCAAGAUCUUAUGCAAGAGGAAGAAGCAGAACCUUUCAUAAGCAAGCCAAAAAAUAACUAUCCAAAUGAUACAGAUUUCAUUGUAAAUAGUAGGGCAUUAACGCCACCCAUUGGAGGUGGUGGCGAUAAUUUAACAACAUCAGAUGAGAUCCAUCAUUUACGUAAACAAAUGGUCAAAUUAAAUAGACGUGUCAUGUCUUUGGAGAUGGAAAAUAUCAACAGACUACAGAGGGAAAAAUUUGUUCUAGGAUUUGGUGUCGCUUACUUCCUAUUCAAAUUCAUAAUUUGGAUGAGUAAAGAUUAGAAAGUGAAGAUUCAGUGCAGUGGAAUCUAAUCGAUCUACAAGUCUUAAAUUUUUUGAAACUUGUAUGUUGAUUGUACAUCGUCCCCUGAGAAUGUUGACUACUUAGCAUUAAGAAAAAAUUUCUUUUUAGCUAUAUGUAUUAUUAUAGUGAUUUGAUUGAAUUGGAACUGCUGUGUAAUGAAAUUUUUGGAAUUUGAUGAUAUAUACCAUAUUUCCGAAAAAAUA